UUCCUCGACAGCGGCCACGGAGAUUGUUUGCUGGACCAGCCUGCCAAACCCAUCCCGCUGCCUGAAGACCUGCCGGGGACGAGCUACAGCCUGAACCAGCAAUGCGAGCUGGCCUUCGGCGUGGGCUCCAAGCCCUGCCCGUACAUGCAGUACUGUGCCAAGCUCUGGUGCACGGGCAAAGCGCGGGGGCAGAUCGUCUGCCAAACCCGUCACUUCCCCUGGGCGGACGGCACCGGCUGCGGCGAGGGACGCUUCUGCUUGAAGGGUGCCUGCGUUGAGAGGCAUAACAUCAGUAAGUACAGGGUGGACGGCGGCUGGGCGAAGUGGGCACCCUAUGGGCAGUGCUCACGGACGUGCGGUGGUGGGGUGCAGCUGGCCAAGCGGGAAUGCACCGACCCAGUGCCUGCCAACGGCGGAUCCUACUGCGAGGGCAUCCGUGUCAAGUACCGCUCGUGCAACCUGGACCCUUGCUCUGCUGCAGUGCCGGGGAAGAGCUUUCGCGAGGAGCAGUGUGAGGCUUUCAACGGUAACAACCGCCUCACCGCCUCCGUCUCCUGGGUCCCCAAAUACUCCGGCGUCUCGCCCCGGGAUAAAUGCAAGCUCAUCUGCCGGGCUAACGGUACCGGUUACUUCUACGUGCUGGCACCCAAGGUUGUGGAUGGCACCCCUUGCUCCCCAGACUCCACCUCGGUCUGCGUCCAGGGCAAAUGCAUCAAAGCGGGCUGCGAUGGGAAGCUGGGCUCCAAGAAGAAGUUUGAUAAAUGCAGCGUCUGUGGAGGAGAUAACAAGAGCUGCAAGAAGGUCUCAGGCUUGUUCACCAAACCCAUGCACGGCUACAAUUUCGUGGUGGUCAUCCCCGCGGGUGCCUCCAACAUCGACAUCAGGCAGCGGGGCUACAAAGGGCUGAUCAGCGACGACAACUACCUGGCGUUGAAAAACGGGCAGGGCAAGUACCUCCACUUCAUCGUCUCUGCCGUGGAGAGGGACCUGAUGGUGAAGGGCAGCGUCUUGCGGUACAGCGGCACCGGCACCGCCGUCGAGAGCCUCCAAGCCUUCAAGCCUAUCCAGGAACCCCUGACUUUGGAGGUGCUCUCCGUGGGGAAGAUGACCCCUCCUCGGGUACGCUACUCCUUCUACCUCCCCAAGGAGAGCAAGGAGGACAAGUCCUCCUACAAGAAAGAGGGCAAGACCCCACCGGACCUCAACAACAGCGUUCUCAGCCUUUCCAACCGCUUGGACGGUGGGAGACCGAGCUACAAACGUCCCUCCUACAAGUGGGCGGCGGGUGGCUGGGAGGCUUGCUCCGUCACCUGCGUCGAUGGGUUGCAGAAGCGUUUGGUGGCUUGUCGUGACUCCUACGGCCAACCGGCCGCCGAAUGCGAUGCGGCACAGCGACCGGCUGAUGUUCGGUUGUGCGGAGAGCCCUGCCCGACGUGGGAAGCUGGACCUUGGUCUCCCUGUUCCAAAAGCUGCGGUCGGGGUUUCAAGAGACGAGCGUUGAAGUGUUCGGUCCCACCUGGGCGCCUGCUGCCCCGGGAGAGUUGCAAUUUUCGGAGGAAGCCACAGGAGCUGGAUUUUUGCACCUUGAGGCCGUGCUGA